AUGGCCUCCUCGACAACUAACGUACAACCUCAAAACGAGCGAGGCCACGUUUAUAGAUUCUCCCCUGUGCCCCGAUCGGAAACUGAUAGUGAAAACCAUGAACACCAACCCGUAUCAGUUUCCGUCCAAUCCACGGCCACAAUGUCAGGUUCAGCCAUGUCCGACAAUUAUUACACGGAAGAAAUAUUCAGCAUCAGCUCACGCGCCUGCGAAAUGAUUCAAGACAUCCUUGGCCUCACGCUGUUGAUGAUGCUGAUAUUGCUGCCAUUAUACAAGCGGUUGUGGACGCCAAAUGAAAACCCCGUUCCCCCGAUUUUCGUUCUGAAUUCGAUGUACCUUUCGAACUUCACCACAGGCAGUGGAGGAGUCUCUGCGACGUGGGAUGCGAAGUUAACGGUGACAAACCCGAACGUGUCGUGCAUCUACUUCCGCGUGAUUCACUUCACGAUAUUCUAUAAACGGAAUCCAGAAGAUGCGGUUUCUGUGGCGUCUUCGUACCCUUUUUACCUGGACAAAGGGGAGUAUUUGAAGCUGCAUUUGAAGUUCGUAACUGGGGAGAUUGGGUCAGAGAAUAGUGAACCCUUUGUGGAGAAAGGGUUAGUGGAGGAGAUGGGAAAAGAUAAGGAGAAAGAUGGGUCGUUGAGCUUCGGAAUGCAAGUGAAGGUGGAGGCGAUUUACUAUGGAGAAACAUGGGUGGCAGAUGUGCUUAUGAAUCCUCAUUGUGAAGACUUAAAGGUUCAGUUUCUGCAAUUUAAGAAUUCAGGAAGGUUGGUUAACCCUAAUAGGAGAUUCAUCAUCCCCAUACAUUGGAAGCCAUUCUCUUUCUUUUGA